AUGGCCGUUCAAAGUUAUGAUGUAGCGGUGUCUUUAUUUAAUAUGAUUUUAGAUAUAUUUUUUCGUGAAAUAAGACCUCGUAAUUCACAUAAAAUACCAAAGGAAGGUCCUAUAAUUUUUGUUGCAGCACCUCAUGCAAAUCAGUUUGUUGAUCCACUUAUUUUGAUGAGACAUUGUCAACGUCGUGUUUCAUUUUUAAUAGCAGAAAAAUCAAUGCGACGUAGAUUUAUCGGCACAAUGGCUCGUGCGCUUAAUGCUAUUCCAGUAAUAAGACCUCAAGAUUUAAAAAGAAGCGGAAAAGGAAGAAUUCAACUUUUAAAUCGUAAAUCUGAACCUACACAUAUUAUUGGAAUGAAAACAGAAUUUACAAAACAAUUAAAAGUUGGAUGGCGUAUCUCCCUUCCACAAGAUCUAGGGUCCUCUGAAGUCUUGGAAAUAAUAUCUGACACUGAAUUAUUACUGAAAAAAGAAAUUAAGGAUCUAAGAGCUUUAGAGGUAUUGACAUGUUCUGAAGGAACUGCAUAUUAUUGUGUACCUUGUGUUGAUCAAAGUAAAGUAUAUAAUGCUGUUUUUGAAAGAUUAAAUGCUGGUCAUUGUAUUGGGAUUUUUCCUGAAGGUGGAAGUCAUGAUCGUACAGAGAUUCUUCCACUUAAAGCUGGUGUCACAGUAAUGGCUCUUGGUGCGAUUGUUGCUAAUCCUAAACUUGAUGUUAAAAUUGUUCCCUGUGGUUUAAAUUAUUUUCAUGCCCAUAGUUUUCGUUCUCGUGCUGUUGUAGAAUUUGGAGAGCCUAUUUCUAUACCGAAUGAUCUGGUAGAGAAAUUUAAAGAAGGCGGUCCCUCUAAAAGAGAAGCAUGUUCUAAACUAUUAGAAACUAUUUAUGAUGGAUUAAAAUCUGUGACUGUAAACACACCAGAUUACGAAACAUUAAUGUUUAUUCAAGCUGGACGUCGUUUAUACAAACCAGCACAUAGGAGGCUACCAAUUUCAGGAAUUGUAGAAUUGAACAGACGAUUUAUUUAUGGGUAUGAACAUUUUAAAAAUGAUCCUAGGGUAGAACAGAUGCGUAAAGAAAUCAUGUCAUAUGAUAAAUUAUUGAAAUACCAUGGUUUGAAAGAUCAUCAAGUCAAUAAAACUGUUAUGGGCGGUUAUCGAGCAGCUGGAUUAUUUUUUUAUAGAGUUAUGUUGUUAACAACAUGGAGUAUUUUGGGAUUACCUGGUUUUAUUUUAAAUCUGCCAAUUGUAUUGAUUGCACGUAAGAUUAGUGAUAAGAAAGCAAAAGAAGCAGUUCUUAAUUCAUCAAUUAAAAUAGCAGGCCGUGAUGUUCUUGCCACUUGGAAACUUCUAGUUGCAUUAGUAGUUACGCCUAUUGCAUACGGGUUUUAUACAUUUGUUGUAGUGAUUAUAUCAAUUAGAAAAAAAUGGAUUUUAAAGUGGAAAGUUGUUGCGCCGAUUGUAACAUUUUGUACAUUAGUAACAGGAAGUUAUGCUACAAUGCGAAUUCUUGAAAGUGGAGUUGACAUUUACAAAACAUCCAUUCAAAAUUUACGCGUUGUACGAGAACAAUUGUCAAGCAAUUUAACUAAUUUAAUUAAUGAAUUGGCGCCUCAACUUUAUCCUGAUUUUGAUGUUGAACGUAUAAUACAAGCAACUGAAAGAUCAUCGUCGUCGCCACUAUCAUCGUUAUCAAAGAGUAUAUUCCAACCACCAAUUGAUUGGAUUGAUGAUAUGUUAUUUAAUUCAGGAGAUAUAUCAGAGUAUGAUGAUGUGCUUUACUUUCUAGAAAAGAAGAAUGGUAGCGUAUCAGCAGGACGUAGUAGAGCUAGUUCGAUCGCUAGUGGUCAAAGUUCAAGACAAAGGAGUCGAACAGUGUCGUCAGAAGCUUUCCGUGUUGAAGCAUUCACAAAAUUACCCAAGGAUAAACUGUGA